AAGGUUUACAUUGCACGUCCGUCAGUCAUUUUUAGAGAUUCAUAUUAUACAUAGGUUACAAGAAAUUCCAUAAUAAUGAAGUUUAUACCGAUUAUUUGUUUUAUUUUAUUUGCCGGUUUUGUAUAUGGUGAAGAAGAAAUUACAUUAGAUGAAGGUGUUUUAGUAUUAAAAAAAGCUAAUUUCGACAAAGCCAUCGCAGAUAAUGAAUUUAUUUUAGUUGAAUUUUAUGCUCCAUGGUGUGGGCAUUGUAAAGCUUUAGCACCCGAAUACGCUAAAGCUGCACAACAAUUAGCAGAAAAGGAGUCUUCCAUUAAAUUGGGUAAAGUAGAAGCCACUGAGGAACAAGAACUUGCCGAAAAGUAUGGAAUUCGUGGUUAUCCAACAUUAAAGUUCUUCCGUAAAGGAUCGCCAGUUGAUUAUAACGGUGGUCGUAAAGCUGAAGAUAUUGUAUCAUGGUUACUUAAAAAGACUGGCCCACCAGCUAAAGCUUUAGAUACAGUUGAUGCUGCCAAAGAAUUUAUUGAAGGUGCAAAUGUUGUUGUUGUUGGUUUCUUCAAAGAUCAAGAAUCAGCAGAUGCUAAAGUAUUCUUGGAAGUUGCUUCCGUGAAUGAUGAUAUUCAAUUCGGUAUUACAAGUGAUGACGCAGUUCUUGGUGAAUACAGUGCAGAAAAUGGCAACAUUGUUUUAUUCAAAAAAUUCGACGAAGGAAAAGCUGUCUUCGAUCAAGAACUCACUGAAGAAAACCUCAAAAAAUUCGUUGCUGCACAAUCAUUACCACUUAUUGUUGAAUUCAAUCAUGAGACAGCUCAAAAGAUCUUCGGCGGUGAAAUUAAAUCACAUUUGUUAAUCUUCUUAUCAAAAGAAAGCGGCGAUUAUGAUAAAUACAUUGAAGGCGCAAGCUCAGUCGCUAAAGAUUUCAGAACACAAGUAUUGUUUGUCACAAUUAAUGCCGAUGAAGAAGAUCAUCAACGUAUCUUGGAAUUCUUCGGAAUGAAGAAAGAAGAAGUCCCAGCAAUGCGAUUAAUCAAACUUGAAGAUGAUAUGUCCAAAUACAAACCAGAAUCACCUGAAUUAACAGCAGAUAAUAUUAAAUCAUUUGUGCAAGGUUACCUUGAUGGUACAUUGAAACAACAUCUCUUAAGUCAAGAUUUACCAGAAGAUUGGGAUAAACAUCCAGUUAAAACAUUAGUGUCAUCUAAUUUCGAUGAAGUCGUUUUCGAUACCAAUAAAGAUGUUUUAGUUGAAUUCUAUGCACCAUGGUGUGGACAUUGUAAACAAUUAGAACCAAUUUAUGUUAAAUUAGGUGAAAAAUUCGCCAGCAAUGAGAAUAUUCUUAUUACUAAAAUGGAUGCUACAGCUAACGAAUUAGAACAUACUAAAAUUACAAGCUAUCCAACACUUAGAUUAUACGCUAAAGGCGAUAAUAAAAUGAUUGAAUACAAGGGUGAAAGAACCUUAGAAGGAAUCAGCAAAUUCUUAGAAACUGGUGGAAAAUAUGGUGUAGAUGAGCUUCCAGAAGAAGCUGAAGAAGAAGAAGAUGAUGAUGUUCCAAAGAAAGAUGAAUUAUAAAAAGUUACAUUACGUCGCAAGAUAUAUCACCAAAAAAUAUCCAUAACUAGAAAAAUCAAUUUCUAUAAAUAACAUUAAUUAAUUGAACAUCGUCAAAGUUUUUUUUUUAACCAGACAACAUUGUUACAGUGAAACAUAAUAUUAUUUUGAUGAUGUUUUAUACGUGAGACUGGUUGGUUGUGUGUUUAGAACCAAUAGUUAAAAUAAGAAUUAAAAAAUUGUAACAAGAAGAAACCUCGAAAGAACGCAAUUAGUUAUUUUCAAUUGUAGGGUAAUUCUAACCAAAUAGUGUACAAAUUUUUUGGUGUAGUAAAAAUGUUAUUUACCAUUAAUUAUUAAUUAAUGAAAAAAUAUUUGGUUGUAAUUACCGUACGAACUAAUAUAUAAAGAGUAUUCGUUAAAUUUCAAAAUACAAACUGUUUUAUUUCUCACAAUGAGAAAACACUUAUUUGUUUUAUUACUUUCGUUUUUUUUUUUUAUUUAAAAUACUCUCUCUUCCAAAUAAUUUAAUUUUUUUAAAUUCUUUUUUAUUUAAAUUUAAUGUAAUCUCAUUCCAUAAGUCAAAAUUUAUGAAAAAUUCCGUUACGCACAUUUUUUCGAAUGGUAAUGAGAAAAAAAAUUGCUUUUCUUUGUAAUAAUUGUGAUUUUAUGUGCAUUUUUCGAUACAUUUUUUUUCUGUUGAUGUAAAAGCAUUCCAGAUCAACAACUAGCGAUUAAAAAAACUUAAGAUUUUAAAAAAUAAAAUUGCUAUUUAGAUAUUUCGAUGGAAUGAAUGUGUAUUUUUUUAUAUUUUACAUUAAAUAAAACAAUUUAAUUGAA